AUGUAUAAGAUGUUUGGGGCAUAUGAACUCUAUGCUUCGAGUGACAAAUCAUCGGCGGAGAAAAUGGAAACGCUCGUACAUCUCAUAGUUUCGCAGGAUCAUACUCUCCGACAGCAGAUACAGCGAAUAAAAGAGCUGGAUAAUGAAAUAGAAAGGUAUGAAUCAAAAGUUCACUUUGACAGAAUGCAAAUACACGGCGUAAACUACGUGCAAGACACUUAUUUGCUCGACCAAGGCUUGGAUACAGAUUCCAGCGCGCAUCCGGACGCGUCCUUUGCGCAGUUUGAGGAAUACGCGGCACGCUGCGACCAAGUCAUUCAACUUCAGGAGGAACUGGCCGAGAGGGAGGCUCUGAUGGAGAUACUUACAGGUGAAAUACAAGAAGAACUCAACCACAGGUGGAUGAGACGGCGACAGGAGCAGCUUUCCAACAAAGACGCGGAGAGCACUGGAGAAGAAACGGCUCUCAAGGUGACUUCGGUCCCUGAGGAGCCGGUCCCAGAUGUUCCGGACCUCCUAACAGACAAUGAACUCCAAUUAGAGGAGGAGAGGAUCAAAACACAACUGGAUACGAGUUUAUACAUCGGGCUGCGCUUGAACACCGAUCUGGAGACGGUGCAGAGCGACUUGGAUAUGAGUCAGGAGCUUUUGGACGCGAAGGAAAAGGACUUGAGGGAAUUACUCGAAAAGGUUCACAGAUUAGACGAGUUGGAAGGGACACAGGCGGAUGACAGCAAAGAUGAGGGAGAAACUGAACAAAUGCCUUCCGUAGACAAAGACAAUGUUUGGGUAGAGCAGGCGAGGGGACUGUCAAAAACAUGCACCAAUGAUGAUGAUUCGGACACCGGACUGAGUUCAAUGCACAGCCAGGAGUCGGAUAACGCGCCUGUUUGCGAGUCACUUGUGUGACAGGACGCUGUGGAAAUCGUAAAGGGCCUAGAAUCGUGUAUGUGGCUCCGCGGGAAGCAUUCGAACCGGCGCGAACUCAGGGAAGAUUUCGCCUCUAUUGAUUUCACGAAUGUUCUCUCUUCAUAAGAGAGGAACGCAUGUAAAUUAUACCAAUGUAGUGUUAUGAUCGCCUCACUCUCCAAUUGCCUCACUUAUACACACGGAGAAUAGCUUGUAAGGUGCAGCUUAUCAAAUUAUAACGAAAUAACCAAUGCAUUGACUGUCCACUGUGUGCUGACUAAUGUUGUAAUACCAAUACUAUGUAU